ACCGUUGCAAAAGUGCAAUGAAGUCCAAAAAUCACCUCUUAUUUUCCCCAUUCAAAGUUCAAACACGCCACUCUCUCUCUCUCUCUCUCUCUCUGUUAGAUGGCGAUCGCAGCGGAGACUCAACAAGAGCAAACGGCUUCUUCAGAAAGCGUGGCAGCAGAAAAAAAAAGGUGGACACUCAAUGAUUUCGACAUAGGAAAGCCUCUUGGUAGAGGAAAGUUUGGACAUGUAUAUCUUGCAAGGGAAAAGAGGAGCAAUCAUCUUGUGGCACUGAAGGUGUUGUUUAAGAGCCAGCUAAAACAGUCUCAGGUUGAGCAUCAGCUUCGCCGGGAAGUUGAAAUACAGAGCCAUCUUCGGCAUCCCAACAUUCUACGACUCUAUGGUUACUUCUAUGAUCAGAAACGGGUUUAUUUGAUCCUAGAGUAUGCUGCAAAAGGGGAACUCUACAAGGAGUUACAGAAAUGCAAAUACUUUAGUGAAAGACGUGCUGCUACGGUGAGUACUAUAUUAGCACUUUUCCAGUUCAAUCUCUCUCUCUUCUUUAUCUUGUAGGUUUCCGGUAAUACAUUGUCCAAAACUAUAGGGAAAAACAGCACUGGGAGAUCCCCAUAACCUAUUCACAAUGCAACAAUAUGGUUCCCCCACCUUUCUAGUUUGUAGCAAAUGACAUUUUCAAAAAAAAAAAAAAAAAAAAAUAAUAAUAA